AUGUCCCCCUCCAUUCCCUUCCCUACCAGCAACAGCGCCGCCGGCCCAUCAGAGCCUAAACGAACCACCAAAGAGACGCACCCGAACCUCCCCCCGGGCCUUAUACUCGAUGCCGAGGGCAAAGUCUGUAAAGUCUGUAAUUCGUGGCAGGACUGGGCAAAAGUGGGGAAGAAGAAGGCUGCUGGCGGAGCAUCAGGAGCAGCGGGAGCUGGCGGAGCUGGGGGCUCAUUAGCUGGGAUGUUCGCCUCGGCUCGUCAAUCCCCUUCCCCUUCCACAUCCUCCUCCACCCCUCCCCAUCCGGCAGUAGCGGUCGUCGACCGCACCGACUGUCCACCCGAUACAGCCGCUCUCGGCCGAUCCACCUGGACCUUCCUCCACACUACCGCGGCAUACUACCCACUCUCCGCCACACCCAUGCAUCAAUCCAAUAUGCGCUCCCUCCUCUCCUCCCUGUCGGUGCUGUAUCCGUGCGGAUGGUGCGCGGAGGAUUUUGCACGGGACAUGAAGGCCAACCCGCCGGAUGUGUCGGGUAGGGAGGGGCUGAUGAGGUGGUUGUGCGAGAGACAUAAUGAGGUGAAUGGGAAGCUGGGCAAGGAGAGGUUUGAAUGUACAGCAGAGAAGCUGGGGGAGAGGUGGAAGGAUGGACCGAAGGAUGGGCGGUGUGAUUGA